AUGCCGGAAGAGAAAUCAAUGUCAAAUGGAAAUCAAUCGGACUCAACGCUGACUCGACGUCAAAAACUUUUAAGCACUUUGGUCAUCUUUCGUCGGAGUCUGAUCUAUCAGACAAAGGAAUUCUUUCAGAAUUCAACACUCCAUGGUGUUAGAUAUAUUGCCGAGACGGGACGUCCAAUUGGUGAGAAAUUCAUGUGGUUUUGUUUCACAUCGAUUGGUGCCGUCACCGCAUUGGUCAUUAUCAUGAGUUUGUGGGAGAAAUUUCAAACGAAUCCGACCAUUACGGGCCUGGAUACGGAUUUUCAUAAUCAAAAUGUUGUGUUCCCAACGACUGUCGUUUGUCCCGAGGCGGGUUUUGAUUUCGAUAAGGCCUAUGAAACGGUAUAUAAAACAUUAGCCAAUUACGAUCCCAGUAAGGCGGCCUUGUUUGCACCAUUUUUGAACCUAUUGACCACACUGAAUUUUGAGAAUAUUAAAGAUGCCCAAGCUUUUGCCGAACCCAUACCCUUGGAGCAAUUGAUGGAGCACACGAUAAGGGAUUGGGCAUUCCGGGCACAUAUCAGCUGUGAGAAUACUUUAGUCUCAUGUAAAUAUCGCGAUGAGGAUAUACCCUGUUGUGCCCAUUUUGAACCCAUAUAUACGGAGCAUGGUUUCUGUUAUGCCUUCAAUAGUCGUUUCAAGUCCACCGAAACGGAGGACAUUAAAACUGGAGCACCUCAUGAUCUUUAUGAGACAGACAAGAAAUGGGCUCUGUUUUUUGUACCCAACAGCACUGCCCGUAUUUUUAUAUUUUCCAAUGAGGAAUACUUUGGCUCUGACUUUAAUGCCCAAAUCGAUUGGUCCGAGAGUCAAUUGGUUGAGGUAAGGAUCUCUAAGAAGAAUACCUAUACCACGGACGAUGCACGACAAUUGUCCAUAGGACAACGCAAAUGCAUAUUUAGCGAUGAAGUGAAAUUGAAUUAUUUUCCCGAUGCCUAUACAUUCUCCUCAUGCAUGAAGCAAUGUCGCAUGAAUAAGGCCAUCAAGCUAUGCAAAUGUAAUCCGCCCUUCUAUAAGCCAAUCUCCAAUGUACCCAUGUGCUCGAUUAAGGAUUUUGGCUGUCUUAAUGACUUCAAGAUGAAUAUAACAAAUAUCAAGGAUUGUCUGCAAUGUGAACUUAGUUGCUCCAAGACGGUCUUUAAUAUUGAUAAGCUGAUUAAGAUUGUCGAUCGACCUGAAAGUCCUGGCGUUUUGGUGGAAUUUCUUACUUGGCCCAUUAUACGCUAUAAACGUGAAGUACUCUUCGGUUGGGUCGAUCUUUUGGUAUCUUUUGGUGGCAUUGCCAGUUUAUUCUUGGGCUUCUCUCUGCUAUCCGGUGUGGAGAUAAUCUAUUUCUUUACCCUUCGGGCCUGCUGCAUGGUCUACAAGAAUCGGCAAGAGCUUUAUGAAAUUGAGGAAAGAAUUCGUCAUGAACCACCGCCAGCGAUUGAUCUGCAACUAAAACUAAAGUCACAUUCAAAUUUCAUGAAUGAUUCAAGACCCACAUCAGCUGUAUUACAGGUGAAGCCAGUGGCUGAGGGCGAUGUCGUUAAUCAUUCCUGGACAAGGCAACGAAAAAAUGAAAAGGACUACUUCAACUACUCGAAGGGUUUGUAUCGUACACCAAAAGUCCUACCCGAACAUGGAUACACUAAUAGCACAACUAAAGAGAAAUGGCUACAAGAUCACUCACAAUAUUUACCCUGAAGAGAAAUAUAUAUGUAUAUAUAUGAAUUUGAAAGCUCAAACUGAAAUGGUAAAAGUUUUGCACCAGUUAAACAGAAAUACUUAAUCGAAU